AUGGCAACGCCACAAUGCGUUUCGUACGACCCGGAUAUUGUCACGUCUCUUGGUUAUAUCGUGGCAGGUGUCAUAUUCAUGGUUCUCUUCGCCGGCCUCUUUGCAGUUCAUGUAUGGCAAGGACUUAAAUAUAAAAGCCUCUGGCUAGGGUUGGCCUCCUCACUAGGUGCAUUCGGGGAAUUUACCGGAUGGCUCGCCCGUACAGUAGCCUGGCGCUGUCUAUACUCCGUGAGGCUGCUGGAGAUGCAGCUUGCUGCUCUGAUAAUGGCCCCCGCCUUCACAACAGCCGGCAUCUACGGUGUCCUCGGCCAGAUCGUUUUCAUUAUCGGCCAGGAUAAAUCCCCUCUUACACCAAAGCAAUACCUGGUAAUCUUCAUGACGGUCGACUUCUGGAGUCUUCUUCUCCAAGCUGUGGGCGGUGGCAUUACUAGUGCUGCUUUCGGCGCACACACUUCCUACUGGCCAGGAACCUACACAAUGGUAACAGGAAUAAUCUGGCAACUCGUCUCAACCUGCGUUUUUACUACCUUACUCGAAUACGUGAUCUAA